AUGAGUGAAUCGAUCCCAAAAGCCAGGAAUGUUACUCACACCAUGACUAAGUUAUAUAGUCGGCUUGAAAAGGGCACCAUUGAUAUUACACCCGAUUUUCAAAGAGAUGUUGUUUGGGGAGAAUCCAGGCAAAGUCAUUUAAUCGAUUCAGUUUUGAAAAACUUUUAUAUUCCCCCCUUGAUAUUUUCAUGCAAGCAAGUGAAUAACAAGCUCGUGAGAGUGUGUAUUGAUGGAAAGCAAAGACUUACAUCCAUUAAAAGAUUCAUGGAUAAUAAGAUUCCUCACGUGGAUGCAUAUGACAGUCAUAAAGAAAAAAGGUAUUAUUCGCAAUCCAAAAAUGGAAGAUCAAGAACUCUUUCACAAUUAGAAAGAGAAAUGUUUGGUGGCUCUGGAUUUAUUUGCGUUGAAUACUCCAAUUUGACUCUGAAACAAGAGCAAGAAAUAUUCGGUCGGGUUCAGUUCGGAAUGACGCUCACUUCUGCAGAGAAAUUAAAGGCGAUUUCCAGCCCAGUGUCUGAGUACGCACACCAAAUUUUCUCUACUUAUCCUUCCUUAGCCAGGAUUGUGGAUGCACGUCGUGAUCGUGCUUUCCAACUAAUCGUUCAAUCAUUGCAUAUGAUCGAAACCGAGCCACCAAACUUUCGAUCAACUCCAUCCCUCAUUACCAAAUACAUCAAACUAGAUCGAAAUGUACCACGCGAGUUGUACGACACCACACAACAUGUAUUCAAGACGCUCGAUUCGUUAAUCGAAGCCGAUGUAACACUCAUCAAUCGGUCUCAUCGAUUAGCACCAAUUGAGUUUGUCUUCGUCUGUUAUAUGAUCGCAAAGCAUCCUGAUUUGUCCAUCGAGCAAUAUCAGCAUUAUAUCUUAUCGAUGAAGCAGGAUGUACGUCAAAGCCAUGUUGAUAUUCGUUUCAAUAGGAACGUUUAUGACACGUUGAUGGGUUUUCUCAGGAAGAUGUCUGCCGAAAUUGAUAAUCCGAGGACCUCGCCUACUUAUAACGAAGUCGAGUGGAUUAAAGUUGAAGACAAUAACGAAGUUGAGAUUAAACUUGAAAAUAAUAAUGAGGUUAAGAGGAUUAAGCGACAACGCGAAGAUAACGAAUUGGUAUUUGAAGAAGAUAGCGAAGAAGAUAGCGAUAUCGAAUUGGUAUAUGGAGAAAAGGACAGAGAGAGGGUUAGGCUUCAAGUUGACGAAAUUUUUCGCAUAUUUGGAGCUAAGAAGAUUAAAAUUGAAGAGUAA